AUGUCGACCUCCCCAAGCCCCAUGAGCCUCCGCCAUCGCGGCCUCACCCGCGCUGCCACCAUCGCCGAAACACCCGGUCCCCUGCCCCAGCGUCGCAACUCGACUUUAUCUGAUUCUGUGUCCGAAGCCCGGAAUACCAUCCGCUCAUCGACCGAUGAUCUGUUCUUUCCCCGCGCCGCCAGAUACCACGAUGACGAUUCUCCCGAUGAAGAGUCGCAUUGGCAGUCCGCGCCGCUGGGCCUCGCCCUCCUUCCCGCGAUCGCCGGCAUCUUCUUUCAGAACGGGAGCGCAGUGAUCACGGACGUUACAUUGUUGGUUUUGGCGGCUGUUUUUCUGAACUGGUCUGUCAGGCUACCGUGGGAGUGGUAUCACUCUGCGCGAACGAAAGUCCGUCACCAUGAGAGCAUUUAUGACCUCGAACCCCCAGCGGGCCUAGACCCGCCCGUGUCAGAGCCUACAAAAGAUACCCAGGAAGAUGAAUCAGACGCCGAUGAAGGCCACAGAAGAGAACAGCGAACACCCGGUGCCAGCGCCGCAGCUAUUAGAGAGCUUCAUAUCCACGAACUCGUCGCCCUCGCAUCUUGCUUCAUCUUCCCUCUAAUAGGAACAUGGGUACUUCACACCAUCCGCGCCAAACUUUCCCGGCCCUCCGAAGGCCUUGUCUCAAACUACAACCUAACAAUCUUCCUCCUGGCCGCUGAGAUCCGACCUUUUAAACACCUUCUAAGGAUGGUCCAAACCCGAACUCUCCACCUCCAACGCAUUAUCGCCUCAUCCGACGACGAUGACCGAGACAAAAUAGAUGCAAGCAAGGUCGUCGACCUCUCUAAACGCCUCGAAGAACUAGAAGCCCACGUCGCCGAAACAGCAGCUGCCCGUCUCGCAUCAAACAACAACAGCAGCAGCAGCAACAACAACACCGAAGAACCCCGCGAACUCACACAGCAGGAACAAGAAUACACCCUCUCCCUCGUCUCCCAAGCUGCCGCCGAAUACCGCAAGGGCUUCCAAACAGACAUCGACGCCCUCAACCGCGCCGUCCGUCGCUACGAGAAACGCACCGCCGUCUCAGCCUACCAAACAGAGUCUCGGCUGCAGCUACUCGAGGCCAGAAGUCGCGACGCGCUUUCCCUUGCGGCGGCCGCACAGCGCUCGUCUGCGCAACAGCCUAAGGGUAUUUUUGCUGUACUCCUAGAUUGGAUCUCCGCGGUCGUUCUAUUCCCGGUUCAUAUUGGCGUUUCGUUGGCCAGUUUACCGCUUCUUUUAGCCAAGCGUGGGGCUCUCGUUUGUAGGGAUAUGGUUCUGGGUAAAGCGCCCACGAAGAGGUCCUCGGGUAAUGCUGGAGGUGGCCGUGGCAGUGGCAGCACAAGCAAGGGUAAAGCGCCACAGACACGCAGAUCAGUACCGUCGCAGCAGAGGCGGGCGAAACGGGCGACUAUCAUAGAAGAGUGA